AUGAUCAAUCUUGCUGGUCUGCCCGCCAUCGGCGGUGCGACCAUGCUGGGCCUCCGCCUUGAGAGGACCUUCGACUGUUUCUCGUGGUCCGCCAUGAAGCCAACCACCAAGAAAGUUGCACCUGCUGAGCAAUCCUCCUCCCUUACCACCUCAUCCCCGUCGGUGACAUCUUCUGCCCCGUCCAAGCCCCUUCUAUGGGAGCUUCUCGACGCAUGCAUCCACAAAGAUGGCGCGAUGGACUCUUUCCAUAGCCUUGUCAACAAGGCCCUUUCUGACGUUGGCUUGGCCAAUCCUCAGAGCCAAGACAAUUCGACUUCAAUUGAGUCGUCCCAAAUCCCAGCCCUAUCCCACGGCACCACAUCGUGCCUCGACCCCCACCACAGCGGUGGCCUUGUCGCACAGGUGCCUUCGUGCACUACAUCCCCUGCUCACAUCAGAGACACUGUGGAGGUGACCCCAUUCAGCGCUCUUUUCCCAGUGCAUCUACUCCUGGAGCAAGCUGAGCCCGCGACCUUGGCAAAGAGCAACGACCUCACUGCCUCGGUGGCGCCACCUGCCUGCCACCUCAAGCUGAGCACCCUCAUCUACAACGACCAGAUUUCACUCGACGAAAUCCUGACCAACGAGUCUAUAAGCAUCGAGGCUGAAUACCCCGACCGUCCCAGUGAGGACACCUACAACCAAGCCGACAGCGGGCGCACAUCCCCGCACUCAGGCGCAAGCAUUGGCGAGGGUGUCGGAAGCCUGUCUGGAAACCUGAACUCCAGCCGUCGCUCCUCGUGGGCCACCAGCAUCAGCACUUCUCACGCAGCUGUCGAUGAUGAUGACAACUGCAGCCUCUGUUCUGAGAAGCUUGAGUCUGCUGCGGACCUGGAGCAGAACGAGGACACUAUUGAGCUUGAGCUCCUGCAGCAGUACGAGCACUACAGCGACCUCAUCGACGUCGGCCAUCCCGACAAUUGCCACAAGAUUUACUUUACUACCCCUACACCUGGUACAGAGGGAGGCAUCGACACGGCCACCACAGAGGAGGACACGCAGGCAUCUGAUGAGCCCGCACUUGAGGCAAAUGGAGACACAGUCACUGUCACUGCAUGCCCCGAGGCACCUGCAACGCAGGCGGCCACAUACCAGCCCAAGGAGCCAGACAUGGGAGCGGCCACCACAGAGAUGGAAGCUUCCCACACAGAGAUGGAAGCUUCCCACACAGAGAUGGAAGCUUCCCACACAGCGGACAAGCCUGCUGCCGAGGCGACCGGAUACAUAGUCCCCGAGCCCGUCGAGGCCCUCACAACUGAGAAUAGACCUGAGCAUGCCGGCGAGCCCGCGGAGCCGGAGAUCUCUUACGGCUCCUACCUGCAGCUGCAGCCACCCCGCACAGGACCCGAGGAGAUAGCGUGGGUCCAUUCGUACUGCGACGUCGGCCCCGAGGGCCCGAGGAUGGAGAUCCUCUCGGACGAGCGCGGCAGGGAGUACGUCCUCUACUGCGACUGCUUCCACGUCCUGCCGGCCGACAUGGCGCCCGAGUUCAUGCCCCGCGAGAACGACGACGACGACCUCGACGAGCCUGAGCCUUCCGACGGAGAGGAGCUGAGCGACGAGAACGACGGCGACGACGAGGACGACGACCAAGACGACCACGACCACGACCACGACGAGGACAAUGAUCGGGCGGAUGGUCCCGCCCGCGAAGACGAGGAGAGAGACGACAUGCUAUACGCCGUGCCGUCUGACAUUUGCCUGGGAACUUGCCUCAUCUACAAGUUUUACGAAGGUGGAUAUUACAAGAAAGCGUGGGCCGAUUACUUCGAUGACACGUCCGCGGCACCUCCGAGUAAGCGUGUGCCAGAGAUCAUCAGGCCUUCACACCUCCGCUAUGUCGAGAGUGUGGAUGAAAUGGAGGAUGAGAUGGAGGAGGAGUAG